AGGAAAUAUCUUUUACUUCAUGAACCAUAUUGGUCACAGUCCACUAGUCAGGAAAAAGAAACCAGAGUAAGUGUUUCAACAGAGAGAAUUUAACAUAGGGAAUUGCUUAAACAGAUGUUGGAGGACUGAAAAAAUUUAAAAGGAACACUGGAGUAACACAUAUGUAAUAACCACAAGAAGCAGCUGCUGCCUUGAGCACUGGAGAUCAGAGCAGAGAGGAGGCUGUGGUUAUCAGAAUCCAGCAGCUCAUGUUUCUUUUUGGCUGCGCUUGCAGCUUAUGUGAUUUUAGUUCCCCAACCAGAGAUCAAAACCAGGCCUUUGGCAGUGAGAGUGUGGAGUCCUAACCACUGGACCACCAGGAUAUUCCCCAGAACCCAGCAGCUUCGAGAAGAGGCGCCAUGGAGCUGGGGCCCACACUUCUGAUGGGGACACUGCCUGGCUGAUGCUGGUCUCUGAAAGAUGAACUUGGCUGAGAUUUGUGACAAUGCAAAGAAAGGAAGAGAAUAUGCACUUCUUGGAAAUUAUGACUCAUCAAUGGUAUAUUACCAGGGGGUGAUACAGCAGAUUCAGAGACAUUGCCAGUCAGUCAGAGACCCAGCUGUCAAAGGCAAAUGGCAGCAGGUUCGGCAGGAAUUAUUGGAAGAAUAUGAACAAGUUAAAAGUAUUGUCAGCACUUUGGAAAGUUUUAAAAUUGACAAGCCCCCAGAUUUCCCUGUGUCCUGUCAAGAUGAACCCUUUAGAGAUCCUGCUGUCUGGCCGCCCCCUGUACCUGCAGAACACAGAGCUCCACCUCAGAUAAGGCGUCCCAAUCGAGAAGUAAGGCCUCUGAGGAAAGAAAUGCCAGGAGGAGGAGCCCGGGGACCUGUGGGCCGAGCACAUCCUGUAUGGAAGAGUGAGAAACCCUCUGCCAGUAGAGACAAGGACUGCAGAGCAAGAGGGAGAGACGACAAGGGAAGGAAAAAUAUGCAAGAUGGUGCAAGUGAUAGUGAAAUUCCAAAAUUUGAUGGUGCGGCAUAUGAUAAGGAUCUGGUGGAGGCCCUUGAGAGAGACAUCGUCUCCAGGAAUCCUAGCAUUCAUUGGGAUGACAUAGCAGAUCUGGAAGAAGCUAAGAAGUUGCUAAGAGAAGCUGUUGUUCUUCCUAUGUGGAUGCCUGACUUUUUCAAAGGGAUUAGAAGGCCUUGGAAGGGUGUGCUGAUGGUUGGGCCCCCAGGCACUGGUAAGACCAUGCUGGCUAAAGCUGUCGCCACUGAGUGUGGGACAACAUUCUUCAACGUCUCCUCUUCCACACUCACCUCUAAAUAUAGAGGGGAAUCUGAGAAGUUAGUUCGUCUGUUGUUUGAAAUGGCUAGAUUUUAUGCCCCCACCACGAUCUUCAUUGAUGAGAUAGAUUCUAUCUGCGGUCGAAGAGGAACCUCUGAUGAACAUGAGGCAAGUCGCAGAGUCAAGUCGGAGCUGCUCAUUCAGAUGGAUGGAGUUGGAGGAGCUUUAGAGAAUGACGAUCCUUCCAAAAUGGUUAUGGUAUUGGCUGCUACUAAUUUCCCAUGGGACAUUGAUGAAGCAUUGCGAAGGAGAUUAGAAAAAAGGAUAUAUAUACCUCUCCCAACAGCAAAAGGAAGAACUGAGCUUCUGAAAAUCAAUCUUCGUGAGGUUGAAUUGGAUCCUGAUAUUCAGCUGGAAGAUAUAGCAGAGAAGAUUGAGGGAUAUUCUGGUGCUGAUAUAACUAAUGUUUGCAGGGAUGCCUCUUUAAUGGCAAUGAGACGGCGAAUCAAUGGCCUAAGUCCAGAAGAGAUCCGUGCACUCUCUAAAGAGGAACUUCAGAUGCCUGUUACCAAAGGAGACUUUGAAUUGGCUCUUAAGAAAAUUGCUAAGUCUGUCUCUGCUGCAGACUUGGAGAAAUAUGAAAAGUGGAUGGUUGAAUUUGGAUCUGCUUGAAUUUCUGUCAGCUCUUUCAUUUCUGGUAUUUUUGUUUAUAAAAUGUGAAGAAAUUCCAGCAAUUUUUUUAAAAAAACAGGUUUGGAACUUUUCAUUGGAGAGACUUUCUCUUAAAGGAAAAAAAUUUAAAACCACAAAGAGUAUACAUGUAGUUGAGAAGUAAAAGAAGCUCACACAGAGAGCCUGUGUCCACUUACCCAUGCAUUACGACUGCACACCCAGACCGGAGUAUCGGGGACUGAAGGAGGCGACCAGUGUGCUAUUGUAGAAACUUCUUUACAGAAAACUUAGAAGGAGCUCUGUUUCUCACUCACAUUUGUUGUUUUUUGGUUUUUUUUUUUCCUAUUCUCUGGUCUAAACAUGAGGGACCUAUAUCUGUUGGCUUUUAACAUCAAAACUGGGGGUUUGUGUCAGAUCUCUUGUCGUUAAGAAUUAUGGUUUUGGAUUAAAUAAUGAAUCUGCUAGUUAAACCUUUAGAAUUCAGCUACUAAUGUUAGAGUCUAUUACAUAGUUUGAAUGUUACCUUCCCCUCCUUCCCCAUUUCCUCUACUAGAUAUUUAAUCACUUAUUGAGCUUUAUGGGGGAAUAGCCUCAUGCUUUGUGGUUUUCGAAUCAUUUUGCCAAGUGGCUUCUCUGGUCUUUAGUAUUUUUUGCUGACAAUAUUUCAUAUUGGAAGGGUGGGAAGAAUAUCGUGUUUGCAUAAGAUGCUCUUUUUUGUUCUAGACUUCUGAGUUUGUUUUCACUUUUCUUUCAAUAUGUUCAACAGAUAAGCCCUUUAUUUUUCUCAGCUCCAACAUUGUUUUUUGCUGAAUUUCCCUUUCGUAUUCUAAAUAAAUGCUUUGGUAUUCUAAACAAGUCCAUUCCCUUGUGGCUAAUGCAAAACAAACAAAGCAAAAUCUUUAUGGUUUUCUAGACAGCUUGUUUAUUAACGAAAUAACAUGGCGCAUAGUGACGAUAAAAAUUUAAAAGUUACCCUUGUUUAGGUUGAGAGCUUGUACGCACGCUAAGAUCAUGUUAGCAAUCUGACAUGCCCAUUAAGUUCAGCAGGAAUUAGACUGUAAGAGGCCAGGAAAGAAAAGGCCAUGUAUCUAGUCAUAAACAGAGUAGCCUAGUGUAAGUUUUUUAAAAAUUACAUUUAUCCAAUUUUGAUUGGGCAACCUAUGCUUUAAUAGUCAAGCUUUAAAAAUUUUGUAUUUGGUGAUAUCCUGAAUUUUCAAUUUUGGACAGCAACUCCUAAUUUAAAACCAAAAAUAAUAUAGCUUUUUCGACAAAGAUAAACUCUUAGCGACUUGCUUAAGAGAUUUUCCCCCCUACUUAGAACUAUAUAAUUUUUAGAUAAGUCUGACUUUAAACUGCAGUAUUCAUCUAAUGCUUUAAAUUACCCUCCUUUCCUCUGAGGCAUAGAUUUAUCAGAGUUAAAAUCAUGAGAUAUCAUGAUCUUUUAAAAUUGAAUUAGUUCAUCUUAAAAGUUGGAAUGAGAGAACUUUCCUUUUACUCAUGAACUUUUAAAAUAAAGAAGUAAAUAAUCCCACUAAGAUAAUCUUGCAGACUAUUGCCAUCCAGUAACUUUUUUUUUUCUGAAGUCCUAGGGGCAGUCAUUAAAACCUUAGUGUUUUGAUUGCCAAAACUUGUUUGUAUAGUUUAGUUGAUUAGUUAGGCUAUUUUCCUAGAUUUUGUGUUAUUUGUCUUGGCUUACAUUUCAAUUUUUUCUGAAUUCUUCAUGCAUAAUAACAUGGUGAUUUUGAUUUUUUUAAAAACUAUCAGUUGAGCAGUAUUUGGAGACUCAGGCUUCCUGGGAGCUUGUCUUUACCGUGUAAGUCAGUCAGGUGUGCAUUUUCACUUCCCUUGUUUCCCAUCUUGCUGUGUCAGUGGAUGGGGAGUGCUCUGUGUGUGUUAACCUCUUAAAGGAUCCUGCGGAGACCCCUCAGGCGUCCUGUCCAGCCUUGCCUGCAUAUUGUAUGCAUGUGGUCUUUAUUGUAAGACUGUGUUGCCAUUAUUUUUUUCUGUGGUAUUAUCAAAUUAGAAAGAUUUGGUUCCUUUAAUUCAUCUGAAAACCUGAGUAUUUGGGGUUCAUCAACACAGCGAUGUCAGGACUAAGUUUUGCACACUGUGUCUUGCAGAUGUCUGAUCAGAUAGUCCUCUGUUCAGCAGGCUCAUGUUGGGUGCUUACUGUGUACCCGUCCCUCGGGUGUGUGCUCUGUGGCCAGAGCUGGACCAGGCAGUGCAGUUCUGACUGGGCACUUCCUAUAAUUACACUGUGUAGCUUCUGGCUCCAACUAAUGAAACCAUUUCAGAUCAUGAAUGGAAUGCCCAGUAACCUGUGUGUUGCUUUGGAAAGAUAAUAUAUAAAAGCUUUUCUCUCUUUAAAUUUGCUUUAAAAUUAGAACUGCUAUCCAUUUGCUUGAACAAUAUAACUAUUAUAGAUCUUGGCUCUUUUCAUGAAGCAUUUUUAUCAUUUCCCAAGCUACGUGUUUAUUGUAAACACAUACACAUGCACUUAUGGCAGACAUGUAAACAUGUUACAUGUUUAUUGCAAACAUUUUGCCUGCAUGCUUCCUUUAUUUUUAAAAGGAAAUUAACAUUAAUGAAAUGUGCCAGACAAAUGGCUGUCUACUGUAGGGUGAAACCUCGUAGUCAUCCAUGCAGAAGAUAGCCGAUGGCGUCACAGACCCUGUCUUCCAGUCAGCAGCAGUGUGAGAUUCCACAACGACCAGACACACUUGGGACUCAGACCUCUAACCUCCCAAAAUGCCAAGACAGCUUGGAAGAGGUAACAUGCUGUGGUCUAGCUGCCUAACUGGGGGCUUCGUUUGUGCUCUGGAGAUGGUAGUUUUUAUGACAUGGUAUUUGACUGUCAAAAAAUAGGCCGAAAUCACUAAUUACUCAAAAAGUGAGCAAGUGUCUGGUGGAUCUGCUAUAAAUAAACAUACAGCUACAUCAGGAAAAAUGUGUGUAUACAGCCCAGAUUUUCAGUACAGUUGUCACUCUUUCACUUUGCUACAUGUAGCCUGACUGUUUUGAACAUGAAAUUAUUGAUACCGUAGGUUUUGAACAGCUUGCAUUUGUUCGAAUUCCUUCCUUGAAAGUUUCUGUCCACACUGCUGAAGCCAUGAUGAGAAUCCUAAACCAGGUGACACCGCUGUGUUUCACUUUCCCAACCCUCUGACCCUGAGGUAAAGUGAAGGCUGAGGCGGGUGUCGCCUGUGGUAUGGGCUUUGGCUCCUUCUGCGUUGUCUCGAUUAUUGAGCCUUUGGCUUCAUACUAGAUUCCUGCUUUUCCUUUUGUGUUGUGAAUGAUAAGUCACCCGAGGAUAGUUCCUGUGUGAUAGGCAUAAAAUGCUAAGGAUAAUUGCUGGUCUUUUCCAAGAAAGGGCCACUUUAACCACGUGAGGGAACGAUAGUAAUCAUUCUUUUAACAUUUGUUUUGUAUCUUCUGUUGCAUAACUUUUGAUUGUAGAGUAUUUUUUAAAACUUAAUUCAUGAUGUACAUAGUAUUUAUGUGACUCUAAGAAUCUGUCACAAUAGAAAAGGGUAGGAAUUACAGCUGGAGGGCAUGUUAGGGGAAUACAAAUAUUUAAACCCCAAAUGUUUUAUUCUUAUCUCCACUAAUUAUUUUUUUUUGCAGAAAAAGCUAAAAACUGUUAUAAUUACUGUUUACUUAUUUAUACUUUUAAAUUAGGCUUUUCGUACUUAUUUAUUUUUUUAUUCUGCUUUUAAUGUUGUUUACUCUUGUGAAAACGGCAUGAAUAUUUAAAAAACAAAGUCCCUAAGAUAAUGCAUAUUUUUUCAUUUAUUACUUUUAUUGAGAACAUUUACAUUAGUGGUUCUUAUUUUUUUAUUUUUUUUAUUUUUUAUUUUUUUUUGGGGGUACACCAGGUUCAAUCAUCUGUUCCCAUACACACAUCCCUGCACUCCCUCCCUUCCUCGACUCCCCCCCCUCGAGUACCCCCCACCCUCCCCGCCCCAGUCCUCUAAGGCAUCUUCCAUCUUUGAGUUGGACUCCCUUUGUUAUACAACAACUUCCCACUGACUAUUUUACAGUUGGUAGUAUAUAUAUGUCUGUGCUACUCUCUCGCUUCGUCUCAGUUUCCGCUUCACCCCCCGCACCCUCCCAUACCUCGAGUUCUCCAGUCGAUAAUGCAUAUGUUUUUAAACAUGCACAAGUUAACGGAUAAUUCUUUGAAUUUUUAUUAGGUUUUUUUGGCUCCAGACAACUCUAACUUUAGGUAUAUUUAUAAAUUUCCAGGUGACUUGUUAAUAAAAACAGGAAAAAUAUUAAGGUAACCUCAUCCAAUUUAUUCUUUUUAUUUUAUCUUUCUCAUUUCUUGAUUGAUUUUUAUGUGUAUAAAAUAACCUCGAUUCUGCUUUGUCACCAGCAGUGUGUAGGUUUCUGUACAUAGGGAAAUUUGGCACAACAAAUAGGGAAUUGAUACGGAGGUUUUCCUCCUAUGAAAGGACUCCCAUUUGAUUUUAUGUACAAAAUUAUAGGAUGCACUUUUGUUUUACAACCUCUGAAAUGACUAAAUAUUGCCCUUUGGGAAACCUGAGUCUUUGCAUGUGCCAUUUCCAGAGUCUACCUCAGUCAAACAGGCUUAGUUUUAGGUUUGAAUGAAUUGAAACCAUAUUGCAAUUCAGUUCGCCACCUAUGCAGAUGUGUUUGUUUAAGUGCUUCCUUCCUCUCUUUUUUUAACACUGAUAUUUUGAUUGAAAAUAUUUGUUGUUCUUCCUCCGGCAAAGCCAUGUAUUCCACAUGAAGCCUCUGCGAACUGUCUGGGUUAGUCUUCCCCUCUGUCGUGGCCGCCUCAUCACUCAUUUCAAGGAGCAGUUUCAAACACAGCACACCUCCUCCCGUUUUCUCAUAGCUUCAUAAAUACAAACUCAUGUGACAACAUUAAAAAUCUCAGGACCUAAUAACUGUUCCUGUACAAGGACCUAAGUACGUUAUGAGAACACACAGAGGCGGACAUGUGACAUGUCUGUUCACCACGGCAGCGGGGCAGCAGGCGUUGCCUUCGGUUGACGUUGUGCAGACACAGGGUCCAGCAAGAUCACCACGUGCUGUGAUGGUUUGUAAGUGUUUUGUUAAGAUUUUUGUUUCAAUGUCUGUCUCCCAGUAUUUUGAACCUAAUUUAAAGAAAAAGACGUUUCCAAUUUGUAUUUAUUAAAUGUGUUUUUCCUUAUAUUUUGUGCGGCUACAUUGUUAGUUUCAUGAGCUUAGCUGUGUCUGUGCAUAGGUUGUAAUUUGGUAAUAAAUUUCUAG